UUAGAAGAGAGAGAGAGAAAGAGAGACAGAGAGAGAGAGAGAGAGAGAGACCGAUAAAGCUGAGGCGAGCUAGGAAGUCAGAUAUUAGCCCUCUGUAAACAUCUUACAGUGAACAAGAACCCUGCGAAGACAGAGAAGAGGAUACAAUACAACCACUCUUUCCAUUCAACGAGAGAAGGAUGAAACCUCAAAUUAAAAGAACUUUAUCAAACUUCUUCUUUGAAUACGAAACACCCCGACAGGUUCUGGUCAGGAAUAAACGAGUUGCGGUCGUGUGCCGACUCAUCCAAAUGGGUGUUCUAGCCUAUAUCAUUGGGUGGGUCUUCAUGUAUGAGAAAGGCUACCAGGCGAUAGAUAUCGCCAUAGGCUCCGUCCUCACCAAGAUGAAGGGAGUCUCCUUCACAAAUAUCAGUCAAAAGGAGAGGAUAUGGGAUGCAGCUGAUUUUGUUUUCCCUGAACAGGGUGGCUCAUCUUUUGUUGUGAUGACGAACUACAUUGCCACAGUGGGACAGAAACAGGACAAAUGUCCUGAGCUGCCAGAUGGGAAGAACAAGAACAAGUGCGUUACCGACCAGGACUGUGAUGAGGGCAAAUACAAACGUACGGGAAAUGGGCACAUGACGGGCAAGUGCAUAAGUAAUACCAGUACUUGUGAGAUCUACUCCUGGUGUCCAGUCGAAGAUGACCGUCAAAUACCAGACCCUCCAGUCCUGCUGACAGCAGAAAACUACACAUUGUUCAUCAAAAACUCUAUUACUUUUCGACAGUUUAAUGUAGUAAGGAGUAACUUGGUAGAGAGUGUGAAUCAGAGUUACAUCAGUACCUGUUUGUAUCAUCCCAAGACUGAUCCGCUGUGUCCCAUCUUCAGACUCGGAGACAUUGUUGAGCGUUCUGGGUUCAAUUUCUCAGACAUAGCUCUUGUGGGCGGUGCUGUUGGAGUCCUCAUCGACUGGGACUGCAAUCUGGACCUCAGUAUCAGAUACUGCAAACCAAAGUAUGAAUUCUGUGGUCUUUAUGGAACAGGGAAAAAUGAAAGAGAAGAGAAAGCAUCAUUGGGAUACAAUUUUAGAUAUGCUAAAUAUUAUGUGGAGAAUGGGGUGGAGAAGAGAACACUAAUGAAGGUGUUUGGUGUACGGAUAGACAUCAUUGUUCACGGAAGGGCAGGAAAAUUUGAUAUCAUCCCAACGUUCACGGCUAUAGGCUCAGGAGUAGGAAUCUUUGGAGUGGCAACCGUUGUGUGUGAUUUGCUGCUCCUAUAUUUGGUUCCAAAGAGAGAUUUCUACAAAAACAUGAAAUUCAAGCAUACAGAAAUCCCGGAAGAGAAGCCAGCCUUGCCCCAGUCGCAGACAGAAAAAGAUGUGCCAAAGUUGUGGUCACAGUAAUUCAGAUCUUUGCUGCGCACAGGAGUGAAGUCAGGACGGCUGCCAUGACGACUGACUAUUGCACUGAAGACAAGAGAGCGAAAAAAAACCCCACCUCGACACUGGAGCUUAAACAAGACAGCUGGGAGACUUGACACACAGAGCUGUCAGACAUCACUAUUCCUUUCUAAAUCACAAUUCCGUCCCUGCUACUGAGGAAAAAUAUUAAAUCGCCGUCAACUAAUACCCGCUGGAUGUGUUCAUACCGAGUGGCUCAGGACUGUAAAGGUACACAAUUCUUUACAAGGUUCCCAAAGUUUUUGGCAAUUACCAUGUAAUGUCUGGAUAAGCCAUGCUCUGGAUACAGUAUCCUGUAUGCUUUAAAAUAGCUAUUUUUGUACUGAUAGGUGUUUUUUAAUAGGUUUUUGUAGCAAGUCAAACUGUGAGCCUCUAAUUUGUGUGUGAAAUAAACUAUAAACGGUCAGCGGACAGUAUAAGCUUAAAACUAACCAGCUCUUAAAGUGCCCCUUUUAAUGGAUUUAAAAAAAAAAAAACCUUUCACGCAGUAAGAGCCGCAGCCCUGCAGAGUUUUGCUUCAGCGCUAAUCAAACUCACCUGAUCAAGCUAUUCAAGGUCUGACCGGUUACUUGGAAGCUACAGACAGGUGCGUUUGAAUUCGAGUUGGAGCUGAACUCUGCAGGGCUUCACCUACCUUCACCAACCCCCGCUCUGAGUGAAACAUCACGCAAAGUUAUGAAUCUGAAAGUGCACCUUGUGUAAAGUCAAAAGAAAGAGUUGAAUUGAAUCAAGUAAUUUGUAAAAGGUAUCAUGAGCUGGUUCGUGUUGACUACUUGUUGCACACGCAGACCUGGAAAAACUUUUGGUAUUGGUUUGAAUAAAAAUGCUAAUUAGUUCUUUUGGGACUCCCAAAACCAAAAUACGAACCUUUUAUAACCCAUAAUAGGAGCACUUUAAAGACUGUUGAGUGAUUUAGGCCUUUGGUUUUUGCUCAUUCACAAAACACUGAGCAUAGAAACAUAGCGCGCUCUAUGUCUAAAGUCUGGUAUUUCAUUGUUCGUACGCGGCCUUCUGGACCGUUUGAUUUAAGUGGUGAAAUCAGUAGUCAUCAUGCAUAUAUUUAUUUGUUUAAAAAGCAGUUGUGUAAUCAUUGUGCAAAACGGCUCAGGAAGAGUUGAGGGUCUCUGGACACUCAUGCAGUCCCUUCUUACCUAACAAAAUAGUUUGGUCUCGCUUCAUUUUGGAGUAAAUUCUCACUAUUAAUAAACUCCUAAAUUGCUGCUUAUUAAUAGUUAGUAAGGUAGUUAAGUUUAGGGGCUCUUGGGGCUCUAACAUACAGAGAAUAUGCAGAAUAAGGCAUUCAUUAUUCGUCAUCACUAUAAGAGCUAAAGGUUCAAUCGAUAUGCAAGUAAUAUGCAUGAGCAACUGGCUUAUCGUGAGAAAUGGUCCCUAAACUGAAGUGUUACCAAUAAUUGAAACUCACACAAAAAAUAAAACCCUUUCAGGGCGAUAGAAAAACCUCUCUGCUUUGCACUGGCAUCUUGAUACGUUUUAUUUAAAACAAUGACUUGCUUUUAUUUGUUGGAAUUUACCUCAAUUUAACGGUUUCUUUUUUUUAUUGAACGACUUAUUGUGUACAGAAAACUAUUUUAAAGACUAGCUACUGUUGGAUGUAUUAUUAUUAGGUCAAUUUCAUUGACUGAUUCCGAGUUCAUUUUUAUCACGGGAAACUGAAAAUAAUAAUACAAUCCUAAAUGAGAAAAGAUAAAGAAGAAACCUGAAUCACC